AUGACCACAUCUAUUGCUUCCCAAUACCACCACCUCCUCCUUGCUUUACUGAUUACUAUCUUUACAACAGUUUUUCCACUUAACAUUGGUGUAAAAUCAUCACUCAUGUACCCUCUUAGUUGCUCUGAUCCCAUCCAAACAUGUUAUUCUUACCUAUAUCACAUCUCCAAAGGGCUCCAAUUAGAAGAAAUAGCCUCUUUCUACUCGGUGAACAUAUCUAAGAUUGAACCUAUUACUCAUGGUAUCAAACAAGAUUAUCUGGUCUCUGUUCCUUGCACUUGUAAAGAAGUGAAUGGCACAAGCAUGUACUUCUAUGACACUCCUUAUACAGUACAAGCAGGCAAUACAUUCAUAAAUAUCUCAAGUGAGUUCUACAGUGGACAAGUGUGGCAGGUCACAGGGGAAGACAAGCAAUUUGUCGCUGGAAGCAUGGUUACUAUGCAUCUUUUAUGCGGGUGUGUGGAAAGGGAAUCUCAAGUAAUAGUAACAUACACGGUUCAAGAGGAUGACACAGUUCAAGAUAUUGCGGGGCUUUUAUCUGCAGAAGUGAACGAGAUUGAGAACAUGAAUGCAAGGUUGACUAGAAAUCCAAAUUAUAUAGAUAUUGGGUGGGUGUUGUUUGUACCUAUGGAGAAAAGGGGACUUCAAGCCCCCAAGCAACGUAAGUGA